AUGGCUGAGACAGGAAGUGCCCCGGUUGUACUUCUGAAUGAGUUUGUUGAGAUUGACCUCGGCACCAGCUGGGCUGAUCCCAGCCUAUCUAGGAUCCGAGUGAUCUCUGCAUGGUCAAUGGAAUGUUUUCGCCUGGGCUUUCAGGAAGUCCAGUAUGUAAUCUAUCCAGAGGAAGAAUCCUCGGGAAAAAAUGUCAAUAAGAGUCUGGUCUCCCUUCAAGUGCAUCAGAUCUUCGUCAGACUUCAAGAUGAUGAGGACGAGAUAGAGAAAAGGGAGACUGCACAGCGGCAACAUUAUGGCUGCAGGACGAGGAAAGAUUUAGUAAACCAGCUCAAACAGAAGCAGAUAGAUUUAGAUAAGGCGGAGGCAGAUCUGUUGACAUAUGCUGCUCCUCCCAGCAGCAAGGUUAAGCACAGGGACAUGUGCCGUGUGAAGCGAGACCAAAAGAAGCAAGCACUGGAGCAGUUUGACAGGCAAUGGGAAAACAGACAGGACCAAUCCAGCUUGGAAGAAUGGUGCGCGAGGAACGUUCAGGGAGAACCAUGCAAGACUGAACGUGUGGUGAACACUUGGGGCUUUGAGAACUCCUUGGAGCACUACCUGUCCAUGUUGGAAGGCCUGCCUUUCAAAACACCUGGCAAUACUGGCUAUGUGAUCUACAGGCGGGGUUCUGACGGGAAAGAGAGGCGGCAGUUUGUAGCUGAUGCCCAGAACAUUGAUGAUGCUGUCGAUGGAUCUGUUAGCUGCACAGACUUGGAGCGCCUGCUGAAGAACACUGCAGCAAGCAGCAAUGCAAACAAAAGCGAAGCUGCCCGCUGGUUGCAGAUUCUGCACGAUGCAUCAUAUUGGUCUGUCAAUGCCACCAUGCACAAUUCGGAGCGGCAUCCAGAUAGAUUCAGGAAGCAUCUCAACGUUGUGGGCAUGAUAGAAGGCAGGUGGCAGCACCUGCAUAUCUACUGCUACCGAGUGAAGGGUGAUUGCAACAGAGGCGAGGCCGUAGAAAUCCCUGCCGUCGAAGCUCACGGGAUCCGGAGCCACCUCUUCAAGGUCUGCCGCAUCCUUUCCCACGAGGACGAGCCGAAAACACUUGGCAAUCAAUACCUCAGCCAUCAGGAGCAGGAGAGACUAAAAAAUGAAGGGCAGAUGAUCGCCAAAGCCACUCAGAAGAUGAGCUCUGUAGGGGAGAAGACGAAGAAAAAGCUUCGGCAUAAAAUACGCGAAAUUAAGGGUGAACUUCAAGAAGACAAGAAAGCUCAGAAAAAAAAGGUGUGGUUCCACAGGAAACUUAGCAUAAUGCGAGGAUCCGAAGGAUAG